UAUAAAUAUACACCACAGCCUCCUUCAUCCAUUCCCACAUCUCUCUCUUCUUUUUUUUCUCAAAAACACCACGUUCGAAAGAAAAAAAAUGACUUUAACACUACGUUCCUCGACUUCAUUUAUCAAUCUCAAAGAUACCAAGAGCCCGAAAACUCCCGAUCACGAUCAAUUCACCGGCACAAUUUGCUUUGCGCAAACUAAGCCGUCGUGCCGCAUCCGGGUGAUCAAGAGCUCGAUGAAAUUAGAAGCGCAGCUCUCGCUCGAGAAGACGACCGUGAAUGGCGCCGAAGGGUACUGGGGAAAUGAUCAUCAUGAUCAUGAAAAGCGAGAAAAGCUUCAUGCGCUCUCUUCAGGGGGGCAUAAUCAGGAUGGAAACGAUUCAAGGGUUCCUGUGUUUGUGAUGCUGCCACUUGACACAAUAACGCACGGAGGGAACUUGAACAAGCCGCGAGCAAUGAAUGCAAGCCUGAUGGCGUUGAAGAGUGCAGGAGUGGAAGGAGUUAUGGUGGAUGCAUGGUGGGGGUUGGUGGAGAAAGAUGGACCACGCAGGUACAACUGGGAAGGCUAUGCUGAGCUUGUGCAAAUGGUUCAAAAGCAUGGCUUGAAGCUCCAAGUUGUCAUGUCUUUUCAUCAGUGUGGAGGGAAUGUUGGAGACUCUUGCAGCAUUCCUCUACCUCCAUGGGUGCUAGAAGAAAUAAGCAAGAACCCAGAACUAGUGUACACAGACAGAUCAGGGAGGAGGAAUCCUGAGUACAUAAGCUUGGGUUGUGAUUCACUACCUGUUCUUAGAGGAAGAACACCCAUACAGGUCUACAGUGACUACAUGAGGAGCUUCCGUGACAGAUUCAGAGAUUUCUUGGGCGAUGUUAUUAUGGAAAUUCAAGUGGGAAUGGGUCCUUGUGGGGAGCUCAGAUAUCCAUCUUAUCCAGAGAGCAAUGGAACUUGGAGGUUUCCUGGAAUUGGAGAGUUUCAAUGCUAUGACAAGUAUAUGAGAGCUUCCCUGCAAGCAGCAGCAGAAGCGAUGGGGAAGAAAGACUGGGGAACAAGUGGACCCCAUGACUGUGGCCAGUACAAUCAAUUUCCAGAGGAUACUGGAUUUUUCCGUAGGGAUGGAACAUGGAAUAGCGAGUAUGCACACUUCUUUCUCGAGUGGUACUCUGGAAAACUACUAGAGCACGGUGAUAGAAUCCUUGCUUCUGCAGAAGGAGUAUUUCGAGGAACUGGAGCAAAACUUUCUGGGAAAGUAGCUGGAAUCCACUGGCAUUAUAGAACAAGGUCACAUGCUGCUGAAUUAACAGCUGGAUACUACAAUACUAGACAUCACGAUGGCUACCUUCCAAUUGCACGAAUGCUGGGAAAACAUGGAGUUGUAUUGAACUUCACAUGCAUGGAAAUGAAAGAUGGAGAACAGCCCGGGAAUGCAAGCAGUUCACCUCAAGGGUUAGUUCGGCAAGUAAAGAUGGCAACUAGGAGGGCAAGGAUAGAACUUGCAGGGGAAAAUGCUCUGGAGAGGUAUGAUGCAAGUGCAUAUGGACAAGUUUUGGAGACAAGUAGGUCAGAUUCUGGGAAUGGAUUGUGUGCAUUCACAUACUUAAGAAUGAAUAAGAGGUUGUUUGAACAGGAGAAUUGGCGGCAUCUAGUGCACUUUGUGAAAAGCAUGUCUGAAGGUGGUCGAAACACGAAACUUUCUGAUUCUGACUCCAGCGGGACAAACCUCUACGUUGGAUUCAUCAAAGAGAAGACUCUGAAGAAUACUAAAGAGGUUGCUCUUGUGUAAAGAGUAUAUAUAUAUAGGCAUGACCAAUAUUGUAACGAUGCAUAUAAUAUAGCUUAGUGCAUACUAUAAUCAUGUAGAGAAAAAAGGAAAAUACAAGUGAAAAAACUGAGACACAUGCAUAUACGCUAUAACAUCGAUCUCCUAUGCUUAGUUUGAUCAGAUGGUUAAUUAACACAUCUGCAAUACGCUAAUGCAGUGAAA